CCGGCUCAGUAUGGCCUAGACGUUCAACGGAAUCGGACAGCAGAAGCCGUAAGCCGCGCCGUCAUCAAUCGGUUUGGUCAAACACCGCAUCUAGUUGGUGGCCCUUCGAUAUAUCCAAGGUUUCUUGCAAGUGUAAAUUGGCAGUUCGUUACGUGAAAGAAAACCUGGUGAGAAAACAGAUAAUUUUGAGUUCCAGUUUGGUGACGAGACUUUCGGGGUUGAGCCAGCAUAUCUCAACAGUUCAUCCAGUGAAAAGAAAAUAACAGUCACCCGGAAUGGACAGCAAAGCUCCACCGUAUCCAAAUCCACCGGCUGGAUUCGUACCAGUUCCAAAUCAGCAGCAACCGCAAAUGCCCACCGGGGGAUACCCCCAUCCACCACAGCAGCACAGCUACCCGCAUCCGCCACCACCACCGCCGUAUGACACGAACGCAAAUAUGAUUCCACCUAUGCAGGGACAACCCACAUACGUACACAUAACCGCUCCUCAAGUUGGCCCCGAUCCAGCAUCCAUAAGCUGCCCAUCCUGUCAGAAGCAUGUCAUCACCCGACUGGAUUACGAGACCUCGACCAAGACGCACAUCAUGGCCGGAUUGCUCUGUCUCUUCAUCUGCUGGCCUUGCUUUUGGAUUCCAUAUGUAAUAGACUCGUGUAAAAAUGCUAAUCAUUACUGUCCAAAUUGCGGUGCCUACAUUGGAACGUAUCGAGGAUAACGAAAAUCACUCCUAGUCUCCAGCUGACUGCAGCAAAGAUGAAUCGAAGCUAAAGGGCCAUGUUACUACAGGCUGGUGACAACAACCUUCGUGAACUCGACCGCAUCACACGUCACCUAGAUAUCGCUCAACACAAUCCCGUUAUCACUGGAAACACGUCGAACUGAUGAUAAGAGUCUUUGGUUAUUGAUGGUAAUCGAUUACAAAAUAAUAAAAAUACAUACUUACUAGACAAAUGGUUGUUGCAAUAGUUGAAAUUAUGAAUACUAAAAAAUGUAUUCAAAGUACAGUUUAGCGAUAGUAUACUAUCUAUAUCCAUGUAUUUAACACACAAAGUUUGUAGGAUACUGGCUAAAACUAAAAAUAUUCUCUCCAGUAACGAGGGUAAAAACAAAAACAAAUAUUAUCACUUUUGUAGGUGAAUUAAACAAAUGUAUUAUUUAUAUGUAGGAAUGUAUGAUUGAAAUUUGAUAUAAA